CAUAGAUAUAUCUGCAAGGCCAGAAGCUCCGAGUGCUGCUUCAUGUAAGAGUGGAAGAGUAUUGCACACCGCAGAAAGGAACAGUAGAAUGUCAACAGACAAAAGCUUAACUGGUCUGCAACAUCAUGUGAGUGAUAACCAAAACAAGUCUCCACAACCUUCUGCCCAGCCCUUAUGCAGUUCAGGAUCUAGAAAGAAGUUUUCUUUACUCAUGUCAGAAACAUCAGAUGUUCAAGGAACUAACUCCAUGGCUAGUCUAUUGCUUGAAAAGGAACCAAUACUAACUAUUCACUUGGAGGGCCACAUUUCCUGGCAAGUCCACUGCUAGAGAAGGCUACAUUGCAUUGUGUUCAAACUGAUCUUGACAAGCUUAUGCCAAAGUAUACAGAUGAUGGUGAUGCUUGUCAGAUCAGCACAAUUUCUUCAGGAACAAUAAUUAGUCAUAGUGAUUACAGUAUCGGUAGUGCUACAAAUGCCUUUGUAUCUGCAGGGAUUGGUCACAAUGAUACCAGUACUGGUAGUGCUAAAGAUGCCUUUGUAUCUGCAGAGAGUGAAUCAGCUCAGAUGCAAUCUUCAUUGGCUAAAAUAUCUUUGGAAUGUGUUAUGACUGGUACAGCUGUGGAAGCUCAAAUGGCGUCUGCUGCUCAGUUCACAUCGGUUGAGAGUGUCCAAAGGGAGUCAGUAUUCGAUUCAAUUAAGUGCCAGCCUAAACAGUCUGAUCACGCUCAUGCAAAAUUUUCAGACAAGGAUAAAUCUGUGAUGCCAUCUGGCUCAAGUGGUGCUUCAUCUAAAAGAGCAGGUGUACACUCCGCAGAAAGUAAUAUCACAACAAACGAGAGCCUCCAAACAGUGACCGAUAGAAAAUACAACUCUCCAAAACCUUCUUGUGAAUACUCGUUAGUUCAGGAUCUGGUGAAAAGUUUUCUUCACUCGAGUCACAUUUUCAAAGAACUGCUAGUCACAUGGACAAAUUAAGUGCAAGUGAAAUCCUGGUAAAUAGGAAUCCAUCUUGUGAAAAUGUAGAGAUGAAUGAACAAUCAGAUGAUCUGUAUGGUUCUUCUAGCACAAUGAGCACAUCAUUAUCAUCCCUGGACAAUCAAGAUGACAUCCAUGACCAGAUAAAAUCUAUAGGAAAUCUCUCAGGGAAGGCACUACCUUCACUCUCUUUCUUAAGUAGGUUGGGAUCAUGUGGAUGCAUUUCGCCCAAUAUUGAGGGAAGGAGCAGUGCAAGUAACCGGACACGUCCAUUGGCACAUGAAGUUCAAGCAGCUGCAAAUUAUUCACCUGAAAGAAGUAUGUCUACCUUGUCAGAUGCUAUCCAUUGCAGUUCUCCAAUCUUGCAAUCUUUGCUGUGUAGUGGCAGCAGUCUGAAUACUAAAGUAACAACAAUUCCUCCACUGCAGUCUGAAAUGUACAGCCCGACCAUUAAUGCUAGGGCAUUUCAGGCAUUUUGUGAGUCUACAAAGUUGAUCAACUUGAGUUCCAGCCUUUCUGCAAAGUAUAAUAUGAAACCACUGGAUGCUGUGUAUCAGUCACUGCCAUCUAAAUUUGAGAAACUUAUGAACCGACCCCUUGCCUGUUUGAUAGACACUAACAUGCUGGAUCCAAGUUAUGAUAACAAGAAAUCGAGAGUUCCCGGCAAAUAUAGUUUGGAUUUUGAUGGUGCAUUUAUGAUGUCCGAUGACCUUACUUAUGGUUCUUAUUCUUAUGGUGUCCAAGAGGAUAGUGAUAUUCCUUUGAACCUUUCAGUUGUGAAGUAUAACCUGGAAAAACUAUCUGGAAGAAUUGGAUCAAGUUCAGAUUAUUUGGGCUCUACACCAGAAAUAGCCUGCUUUAGAAUUGAUGAAGAUAGGACUAUUCUAGGGGAAAAUGAGAAUCAAGUGAAAUUAUCCAUUCCUGUCGGUAGAAAUUAUUCAAGGCAACGUUUGGCUGCUGAAAAGCCACUUGGGUAUGCUACCAACAUAAAUGAAAGCAAAGGAACAAGUAGCCUAGACUUAACAGCUGGAAAAUUUUACACAAGGAAGCCUGAUCAGCAUGUGCAUAUCAGAGUUAACCAAGACAUAAAGCACCUGAAGGAGAACCGUACUUCUUCAAUUAGGAAAGCAGGGAAAGUGACUCAUCCGCUCCUUGACAGGUUAAGCAAGAUGGAAAUGUUGUCGAGCAAAAGUGAAAGGAACAGAAGCGAAACAAACAUUGAGAAAGGAGGCAGGCCUAGGAAUAUAGUAUCUAAUAUGACAUCAUUUAUACCACUUGUAAAACAAAAGCAACGACCUCUGACAUCAUGCGUCAAAAGAGAUGUUAGAGUGAGGGCACUUGAGGUGGCUGAAGCUGCAAAGCGUCGUGAAGAGAAGAAACAAACUGAGCGUGAAAAGCGCAAAACAGCUGUGGAAUUAGAGCGUGAAAGAUUAAAGCAAGAGAAUGAGCACAGACAGAAACAAGUGGAGCAGCAGAAGAAAAUGGAUGCAGACAUUAUUACUAGAAAGAGGCAGAGGGAAAAUCAUGGAAAGAGGAGAAAUGCAAGAAAAAGGAAUUGCGUUGAAGGGGCACCAAAACAUCAAAAGCAACUGGUGGAAAAAAUGCACUCCACAAAUGCCGUGAAGGAUGCUUGUCCAAACAAUACUGAUGUCAAGGAUCUGGUGGAGAAUUUAGUGAGAGGGCUGAAGAAUCAAUUAUUAUCAGAUGAAAGGAUGGAAUCUGUUCAUAGGCUUCUGGCAUCUGAAAGCAGCAGUCUAAAGGGUGUGUCAGCGGAUUGGAAAUCUGAAGGUUCUGGGUUUCAGGUUCAGGAAAGCUUGUCAGACAAUGUGGAUAUGGACUAUGAAAUGUCACCUUAUGAAGAUUCUGAUGAAGAGGAUAUUGACAUCUUGGAGCAUAAAAGGGAAAUAAGGCGUAGACGUAAAUUGAUUCCAUCAUGGGCUCAGUCACAGAACUUGAAUAAAAUCUUGCAAUCCAAUCAGGCCUUAGACCCUAGAGAAGUUUUUGCUCACAAGUGCUCUUUCAAUUUAUCUGAUGUUCUUACAUCUGGCAUUCCUCAUCGACUAUUCAAUUAGCUGGCUGUUAACAACUACUGUAAUUCUGUAAAAAAAAUAAUGAUCUUUCUCCUGCAUCACUAAAUUCCUUCUUCGGCAACACAAUGUACAGGCAAAUCUCCUCCCUCCCCCUCUGACACUGCUAAUUACCCUUCAGUAUGCUCUACUGUGGGAGCAAAUCAUUUUAGGAAAAUUACUGUGCUGCAGAUUCCAACCAUGCUGCGAUCACUGUUGUACAUAUUAUGACUGUGUUUAAAAUAGAAUAACA